GCUGGGCUUGAUUCUCUUUGAUAUUUGUUUGUUCUACGAACUAUUCCUGCCAAUUAAUUCAGUUAAUCAAGCGAAACAUUGAGGAUCCAUUUCACGCCACACUAUUCAAUUGAAUCCAAUCAGCGAUGGACUUCACGACCUUCGUAAAGCCCUCGAAUGGCGAAAGUGGCGGUGGCGGCGAUGCGAAUGUUGGCCAAAAACUCCAGUUCUGGAAGCAUGUGGAGUACAUUGAAAACCAUGGAAAGCAGGAGGACGACUACGAGUACUGCAUGACCGAAUUCCUGCGCAUGUCAGGCAUCUAUUGGGGCACCACGGCCCUGGACAUAAUGGGUCAGUUGGACAGGCUGGACCGCAAGUCCAUUAUUGAAUUUGUGAAGCGUUGUCAGUGCUCGACGACUGGAGGAUUUGCUCCAUGCGAGGGACAUGAUCCCCAUCUGCUGUACACCCUGUCGGCGAUCCAAAUCCUGUGCACCUACGACGCCCUCGCGGAGAUCGAUUGCGAGGCGGUGGUGCGUUUCGUGGUGGGAUUGCAGCAACCCGAUGGCAGCUUCUUUGGCGACAAGUGGGGCGAAGUGGACACCAGGUUCAGCUUCUGUGCCGUGGCCACUCUGACGCUCCUCGGCCGGAUGGAGCAGACCAUCGAUGUGGACAAGGCAGUUAAGUUUGUGCUGUCGUGCUGCAACCAAACGGACGGCGGAUUCGGUUCUAAACCAGGCGCUGAAUCGCAUGCUGGCUUGAUAUACUGCUGCGUGGGAUUCUUUUCUCUAACCCAUCGCCUGCACUUGCUCGACGUGGACAAACUGGGCUGGUGGCUUUGCGAACGUCAGUUGCCAUCUGGUGGACUAAACGGAAGACCGGAGAAGUUGCCCGAUGUCUGCUACUCAUGGUGGGUUCUUGCCUCGCUGACCAUUAUGGGUCGUUUGCAUUGGAUUAGCUCCGAGAAGUUGCAGCAGUUCAUUUUGUCCUGCCAGGAUACGGAGACUGGUGGUUUCUCCGAUCGGACAGGCAACAUGCCAGACAUUUUCCACACGCUCUUCGGCAUCGGUGGGCUUUCGCUUCUGGGACAUUCCGGCUUGAAAGCCAUCAAUCCCACUCUCUGCAUGCCGCAAUACAUCAUCGAACGUUUGGGUAUCGAACCGCAACGAUUGCCGCGGCCAUGAGGCGAUUUUGAGACAGCAGUAAUAGCCAAUGAAUAGCGUAUAAUCAGAUCAGAACUUUACUGUAUUCCCACACAACCUCCUCUUAGUUUUAUUUGUAUAAAAGACCAAAAUUCCGCAGCAGGAAUAUGUUAUCCGUACUCGACGCCCCUUGCUCUUUAUCUUCGUUGUGAAUUUACACAGAAUGUAUCCCUUCGAUAAGCUAUUAUUAAUAUAUUUUGUAUAACGAAUUAGAAUCAGCAAUAAAGAAAUAUUUUAUUUUAUUACAGCAA